CAGUCCUUGUACAUUAAAGUUCAUAUUCAUUGCGCACAAAAACACCACAAACAAGCUUUUGAAGGAUGUUGACCUAAAAAGUCGCUCGAGGAAGGAGGUUUCAAGCUACCUUCUCUCCACUUCGUACACGACGUUUUGACCAGCCCAUGUUUCUCUCCCUCCCUCCCUUCUAUAAAUACCAUACAUAACACCCUUACACACUACACAUCCUUCGCGCAUUGCCCUAACCCUUGUCUCUGUCCCUUCUUUAUCGAUCAAGAUGAGUGACGUAACAAAAACACAAGAAAAUGAAGUUGAAACCAAGCGCCAAGCGCCCCGUCUGAAUGAGAGAAUCCUUUCAUCUUUGUCAAGGAGAACUGUUGCUGCACAUCCUUGGCAUGAUCUUGAAAUUGGGCCUGGAGCUCCCCACAUUUUCAAUGUCGUGGUUGAGAUAACAAAAGGAAGUAAGGUCAAAUAUGAACUGGACAAGAAGACAGGACUAAUCAAGGUUGAUCGGAUUUUAUACUCCUCAGUGGUCUAUCCCCACAACUAUGGUUUCAUCCCUCGCACAUUAUGCGAAGACAAUGAUCCCUUGGAUGUUUUAGUACUCAUGCAGGAGCCUGUCCUUCCCGGUUGUUUUCUACGAGCCAGGGCCAUUGGACUUAUGCCCAUGAUUGACCAGGGAGAGAAAGACGACAAAAUUAUUGCAGUUUGUGCUGAUGAUCCUGAGUACAAGCACUACACUGACAUCAAGGAACUGGCCCCCCAUCGACUUUCUGAGAUCCGACGUUUCUUUGAAGACUACAAGAAAAAUGAGAACAAGGAGGUUGCAGUUAAUGACUUCUUACCUUCAAAUACUGCUGUUGAAGCUAUCCAGUACUCAAUGGACCUUUAUGCUGAGUACGUUUUGCACACCCUGCGUCGGUAGAUAGCUGACUUGGCUGUGUUCCCAUGUUUUUCCGUCGAGGGAAUUCCUUUGAUUCUAACAAGGGGAUCAUCAACUGUCAUUUAAGAUUAUGUUUAAACUUAUAUUUUGACUUUCCGUAAUUUGAAUUGUUUAUGGUACUUGCUUGUUUUAAACAAUGCUGCUAGAUCAUUGAUAUGUUUGAGUAAUAAUGUAAUGUGCUAAAUCGGUGAUUCGUGAUCAA